AGCCGUGCACCACGAGCACGUAUACGCAGGUGCUACCCGAUUUUCUCUCGGUUAUUACUGGUUUUUUUUUAGCGCAAGAGAGCGCGAUUUAUUGCCGUUACUGGAUAUUUCUUGUUGUUCAUUACUUUAUCUUUUUUCUUCUUGUUGUUGUCUGUUCUGGAGGAGUUCGCUCCAUUCGAGAGCACCGCUCUUUCUUGCUGCGGCGGUGUUUCGUUGAUGGGACGGUCGUGAUCGCCUCUAUUUCUGUAUCGCACCCCUCAAAAACCGCCACGAGCGGGUGUAUGUAUGUGUAUAUAUAUAAAUACUUAGAACCUUCUAUAUAUCUAUAUAUCUUUGUUUCUCUCUCGUUCACCUUUGCCCCUUUUUCUUUUCUUCCUCCUCUCCGCAUCUCGUCCUCUGCCUGCGAACGCUGGAAUCGGCGCAGCAUCGGCGGCGCUUUCUGUGUGCUUGAUCCUCUCCCCACAGACACACAUACAUAUAUACAUUUAUCACGCGCGUAUCACCACCUUCUGUCGUUGCUGUUUACUGAUCUUACUACCACUACUAUAUAUAUAUAUAUAUAAGUCUGCUUGAUAAUCAUUACGGUUGUUUGCCACCAUAGUUCGUCCUUCUGUUUCUCCGUAUUUAUUUUUGUCUUGUUAUUUCUUCUCUGUACGAAUAAUACUAAUACGACGACCAACGCGCAGGUGCUUUGGUUGCUUCGCCUUGUUUUUCAAAUUCUGUUGUUAUUAUUAUUUUGGCUAACAAUCUCUUCCUCUAGACGUACGCGUAGAUAUACAUAUAUAUAUACUUAGAAGGCGGCAGAACCAGCGUAUUGAUUCAGCGGUCAUCGCCAGAGGUGUGUGUGUGUGUGUGCUUUCCCUCACGGUCUUUCAAUAAUUUUUCCUUCUUCCUCCUUACAUAUAUAAUCCUUUUCAAGGGGAGUAGCUGUUUCUGCUCUUCUCUUGUGCUGCUCUGCAGGCGUAGUCUUCCUCGAACUAUUUUAACGACGCUGAGUCUCUCGACAACACACCAAGAGGAAGAAGAAGAAAGGAAAAGCGGCAGGCAUGUCUGCUGGAAGCGUCCGCACCGGCUGGAGAAACGGCGAGUCCUCUCCUGUUGACGCCGCCGCGCAGAACGGCAGCACGAACCACAGCAGCCCGCUCCACCACAGCAGUCCGAAUAGCACCGCCUUUCACUCCUUCAACACCGCUCCUUCGCCCUCUUCAGACCCCAGAACGAGCACCAGCAGCGGCGACACGCAAAAGCAGGUGUCGGCGCACCGCUUCGAUUGGUUGCAGCCAUGGCGCACCCCACAAGACUGCCGCGAAGGUGGCUUAGCCCUCCUCGACAGCAUGCAUGAGAUUUUGCUUAACGUGCAGCGCGCGCGGCUAUCGAGUGUGCACGCGGUUUACGCGCCACUGCACGGCUCCGUCGGGUCCGCCAGCGCCCGUCUCGCAGACACGCUCGACGACAGCGUCAACGCGUCCUUCACGCUGCGUCUGUCAAUGCGGAGUAACAGGCGGCGAUCUCGACGGGCCACCGAAGCGGCAGCAGGAGCAGAAGAAGGAGAGGGAGACGUGAGCAGCAACGGUGACGUCAACGUCGUCAGCACGCCGGGGGGAGCCACGUUGAUUGACUACAUGUUGUCGGGUAGCCGCGCACGUCUGGCGUCGCAUAUGUGGCUGGACGACGCGACACCGUUGCAGCCAUCGACGACGACUGAAGUCGCAGAUGAAGCUAAUGGAGACAACAGCAAGACGAACGGUGACAUCCACGCACAACCGUCUCUCAACGAGCGCGCGGUGGCCUUCCUGCACACCGCAGCUCCACCCCCACCACUGCCACCGCAGCUGCUGCAGCAGCCGACAUCUCAAGCCACCACAGCUGCAGCAUCAGUCGUGGAAGGCAGCAAUUGCUUUGCGCUGCCGGACAUGCUGCCUUCAUCUCCGUCAGCGCCUGGUGAAGCGAAGGCGGCGUUGCACGCCCCAGCCACUGACACCGUUCCCCCUAUCCCCCGCUUCGAUGAGCUGAAAGUCGUGCAGGAAGCGCUGCAGCAGCACCAGCAAGCGCACCAGCCGCCGCACCCUCGCAGCGUAGCCGCCCAACAGCAACGGCGGCGUGCGUGGGGCGGACAUUCUUCCACUGAAGAAGAAGACGACGACGAGGGAGGUGAUCCGGAGGACAAUGCGCACGAGGCGAGCCACGAUGGGUGUCCGCAGGCCACUGCUCGCCCUGUCCCACCGCCUCCGCCACCACCGAUGCUGUUCCCCGGCAACGAUGCGCACCAUCACGACGGUGAUGAACACUCAAGCACGUCAUUGAAUUCACCUCCAGGGCACGAGGCCGAUCGCUGUGCGUCUCUCUCCCUGACCGAUGUAGAAGCAGAAGAAGAGGAGGAGGACAGCAUCGGUGAUGAUCUCUCGGAUCACAUGAGUGCCACGAACUUCGGCGAAGGUGGCCACCUCGCCUGUGUCCCGGGCGACACCCUCCACAACCGCUACUCCCUCCUCAAGGCGCUCGGCGUCGGUCGCAGCAGCCGUGUCUGGCUCGCCGCGGACAUGGAGCAGUGCUCGCUGGCUCGGCGGCAGCUCAUCCGCGAGCUCGGCGAGCGCGAGGCGCGACGGCUCUUCCGGCCAAACGAGCGUCCGAUGUUCGUGGCGAUCAAGGUCUUCCGCUGCGGCGCCACCUACACGGACUGCGCCACCUACGAGGCGAAGCUGUCCACCUUUAUACAGGACAGCGUGCGGCUGCGGCAGCUCCGCGCCCUCCGGUCACCGCCAUCGAACUCGUUCUCGCUGCUCGUCUCACCGACGUCAGCGCGUCACUCCCGCGCCGGCCGCUCGCGCGCGAACUCGAACACAUCAUUUACGGUCUCUCCCCCCGACGCCUUCAUCAGCCCCGGGAGUACGUCGAAUGUGCUGGGGAUCAGCAGCGCGAGCGGCUUUGGGCACGCCAGCGCCAGCCCGACCGGCUCACUCCUCCGCCAGCGCCUCACAACCUUUCGUGACGCGUUCGCCGUGGAAGGGGCGUACGGCACCCACCGGUGCUUAGUGAUGGACGUGCUCGGGUCCGGCGUGGACAAGGCGAUCAACGAAACCCACCUCUCCGGCUUUCCGUCCGAGGUGGCGCGAGCCAUUCUGCGCUCUACGCUGCAGGGCCUCGCCGUGCUGGCCGCCUGCAACGUCAUCCACACGGACUUAAAGCCAGAGAACUUGCUCUUCACCGAUUUGGAGGCGGAGGUGGCGGCGGAGAUGCGCGCCUUUCAGUCGGCGCAGCUGCAGACGGGGCGCCGCAGCGGGCUGUGGAGCAGCUUCACGCACCGCCGGGAGAGCGUCCUCGAGUACUCGCAGCGCCGCGAGCGGGAGGGCGCGUCGUCGCCGCUGGCGGCGGCAGGGGGGCUGACGGGGCACAGCAGCAGCGGGCUUCCCUCCGCCGCCACCAUUCACGAGGAGGAGGAGAACGAAGCGUUAACUUCUGGCGUGGAACGGAGUGGACGGGCGGAUGAGCAGCCACGCCGCUCGAGCAGUAGAGGGGGGGACUUCCCGCACCGCACCCGUCCCCCGCGUCACGAGGGCGCCGCAGAGGAAGAUACAGCGCCUCUGAGUCCAUCACAGCCGCAGGCCGAUCCGUCCUCUGCCUCAAUGAACAACAACGGUAGUAGUAGUGGUGGUAGUGGUGGUCAUCACAGUACUACUGCUGCCGUUCCCACGACGACGAUGACGACAACGAUGAACCACGAAGUCGGUGGUCGAGGGGGGUCGCCCUUAGUAAGUUCACUCCUCCGUGUAGAAUGCCGGGCCGGCGGCGGCUCUGCCGCGUCCAGCCCACCGCGUGCCCGACGUCCGGCCUACGAGGUACGGGUGUCCGACUUCGGUCUCUCCUUCAUCACUCCGCCGUGCCUGCGGCUUGGCGUGCGGGCGAUGGCGCGCUACACGGCGGAGGUCGGCAUCGCAGUGGAUGACCUCGUGCAGGACGACGCCUUGUCACAGCUGCAGUGGCUCUACGAACAGCAGCAGCAACUGCAGCGAUCGCAAACACGCGCUGACGGUCGCAGAUCACCUGAAGCCGUCAUGAACCAUGGCAACAGUCCGAGUAGUAGCAGUGCUGGUGGGGGUGGGGGAUUGGAGGGGUGGGAGUGUGAUGCUGCGGCGGUCGAGGGAGAUUUAGUAAACGCCGCGGAGCUGCGCGCGCUGCAGCUCGAGGAGGCCCGCGAGGACGACCGCCGCCUGCGCCGGACGUGCAGCGUCGGGGAGUGGGCCGACGAUGCGGAGGCGGAGCGUACCGCCGCUGGCGGCAGGAUGAAAGAGGAAGAAGACACGGUAGUGGUGGAGCUCCCCGACAUAACGGCCGUCGAAGAGACGCCUUGUAGCGCAAAGACGAAGAGGGGCCGUCCACCGCCGUCCGCGCACGCCACGCCUGACCUCGAUGACAGAAGUUCUCGCAGCAGCAGCAGCAGCAGCGCCAACAACGGUGACGCAAAGGGCCAUCGUCGCGUCAGCGCGGACAGCUCAGCCAACUCGGCGAUGAGUGACCACUUCACUGCUGUCGCGGCUGCCCCUUCGACGGCGCUGCACACUGCCAGCUACCACUCGCCCGUGUCGCGCCGUCUUCGUGCGUCGCAGCGAGUGGCGAGCACGUCCUCCAGCCCGCCCUCCCCGCAUCGCGACAAGGAACAAGCAGACGAACAGCAGGAGGAAGAGGAAGAGGUGGCAACAGAGGAGCACUACGUGACGUCCCUCACACGACCCGCCGAGCCCCGCCCUCCCCCGCUCGCCAGCUUCACAGCCACGUUGUCCGCAGCGCCAGCGGCGUUGUCGCCCUCCCCGCCACGUCGCUCGCCUCUCUCUGCGCUGGCCAGCCUCACCGCCCUGCGCCGCCUGGAGCUGGACGUGGUGCGGAACCAGCGCUACACCCGCGGCGCCACCGUGCAAAGCCGCGAGUACCGCGCCCCCGAGGUGGUGCUCGGCAACUUCUUCCUCCCCUCCUGUGAUGUGUGGUCCAUCGGCUGCGUCGCCUACGAGCUCGUGACGGGGCGCUUCCUGAUGGACUGCACUGCCGAUCGGGAGUACUUUGGGCGGCAUGUGCGCACGAAGGAGCAGGGGAGGAUCCGCGCCGCGGAUGGAAAGGGGAGCAACGGCCCCGACGAGGAUGACGACGACAGCGCGGCGUGGGACGAACAGCCGAUCUACGUCGACGACCCCGAGCAGGACCUCGAUGUGUUCCACCUCAAGGCGAUGAUGCGGCUGCUCGGGCCGCCGCCGAUCAGCUUCUUGCACCAGCACCCGAUGGGCCUCUUUGUGGCGGACUUCUUCGAUGAGAAGGGCGAUUUUAAGUUUUGGCAACGAGGUGAGGCGGAGGGCUGUGGCAUGGGCCUAGCAGACGCGUACCGUCGCGACGAACUGCGCUACUGGGGAAGUCGGCGGGGGCCGCGCGGUGACCGUCCUGCUGCUGCUGCGACGGUGGUCACCGCCUCCACCCACGCCCACAGCAGCGACAACACGCUCGAUGACGAUGAUGACGAUGCGGCGUGUGAUGCAGCGAAAGAGAAGGGAAAUGCUCGAGUGCAGCCCGGCAAUUCCUCGCAGCGUCUCGACCCACCGUCGUCGGCCGCGCCGGCGGUCCGCGCAGACCUCGGCAACCCGCCGCCCGCAGACACCACGCCUUCCGCGCUUUCCAUGACACCCUGCAGCUUCGCCACCACCACCGCUGCAGAAACAGCAGCAGGGAGGGGCGGAGAAGGCGAAAGCGAAGGCGGGGACGUCCCUCGUCGCGCCUUCCACCCGCGUACGUCCGUCCUCGACACCCGCAACUACCCGAUGGAGACGCCGGACUGGCAGGAGGUACGGCAGAUGAUUCGGCGCACGCUAACGUCCGCGGAGGAGGCGAGCGACUUCGAGAACUUUCUGUGGCGGUGUCUGCAGUGGGACCCGACGCAUCGUGCGACGGCGGCCGAGCUGCUGGCGGAUGCGUGGAUGGUGAAGUACAGCCAUAAGGUGGCGAAUGCGUUGGACAGCGAUGCGGAGGCGGAAGAGGGCGGCGCGGAUGGGCAGUAG